AUGUCAUCAGACCCUAGCAAGAUGCCCACCCCUGGGUCAAAGAAGAGCCCGGACUGGAAAGGGAAGGUAGAGGAGCUGUUGGAAUUUUUCGAAGACUUUGAGGAGUUGGCAAAGGUAGCAAGCUUGAAGGACGAGGAGAAGAUGAAGUGGGUGUUGAAGUAUGUGGCUGAGAAGAGCACGAGGAAGUUUUGGAAGUCUCUGGACGCCUACAGCGCAACUCCGAAGGAUUGGGCUGCUUUCAAAAAGGAGGUUUUGGAGCAGUAUCCGGGUGCCGAGGAAGGCGAGGCAUACACUGUGCGCGACUUGGAGAAAUUGACGAAGGCGACAGCUGAAAAACGCAUCAACACGGAGGAACGUUUUAUGAAGUAUUACUCACAUUUCAAGCCAAUGGCGAAGUUCCUAGUUGCCAAGAACAAGAUCAGCACACUGGACAGUAAUCGGUACUUCUGGAAUGGCCUGCCCAAGGCGACGAGGAAGUUGAUUAAGCAACGACUCGACAUGACCGAUGCUGCCAGAGAUGUGAAGGUUAUGCCAUCAGUGGAAAACGUCGUCAAAGCAGCACGGAGGGUGUUGGGGGAAGAUGCGUUGGAUUCGGACAGCGACGACCCGAUUCCUGUACGAGGAAGGAGGUCAAAGAAGAGCAAACGCAGGCGCUCAAAGAGCAAUAGCAGCUCAUCGGAUUCUUCAAGUGAUGGCGAUGCUUCUGCGAAUGAUUCGUCUGAUUCUGACAGUGAUAGCAACGAUGGUGUGAAGAAGAGGAAGGGGAAAGAGCGGACACGGAAGGUGGAGGUAAAGGAGAAAGUUGGGGAAGAGGUGGAAAGAUUGACGAAGAAGCUUCAUGGUCUAAAGGUCGGCGACGUCAAUUACGCAGCAACAUACAUCGAAUUGGUCAGGCUCGCACCUAUCGCCGCAUCUGUCAUUCCGAAGCCUACAUCUUCCGUCUGGGGUCAGACAGAGAACCAAACCUCAACAUCAGGAGUCAACACAGUGCAAGCGCCACUUGCACCUCCUCGACGGAAGCCUUGCUAUUUCUGCAACAAUUAUGGCCAUGUUUUGCGGGCUUGUCAUUGGGUAGAAGACUAUGUUGCUGCAAAGCGGGUGGUGUGGAAAGACAACCUUCUCUAUUUUCCUGAUGAACAAGUCCGUUCAUUGCCGCUUGGAAUCAUCGACACCAUUGUCCUCUUCUUCUUCGACGAUUUCGGAACACUGGCAGCACUCGCGCGAGUAAACUGGGCCUUCUGCGAAGAAUCCAGGCGGCGGUUGUACAGAAAUGUGGGGUACCAGUUCGUAGGGAGUGGCCGUCGAACUCUGGCAGAUCCCGACGCUCUCUUGAUGAAUCCCAAUCUUGCAAAGCACACACGAACAUACCUCGUCGAUGAGCUUUUUCCCAACGUGACACAUCGCCCGCGUCUCCUUCCUUUACACCCAGGCCCUGCCUUGCAGUCCAUGGUCAACCUCAAGCAUCUCUCUGUUAGGUCCUCUGAAUUUCUCCCUGACAACUUCCUGGAGAACUGCCCCUUCAAGAUCGAGAGUCUUCGCUGGACGGAUAGCUGGGACGGGUUCACGGACACCAUCCUUCGAUUCCUAGCAAGUCAGACAGAGCUUCGCCGUGUGUAA